AUGGGACAUUAUUGUCCGACUCCUAUCUCUUCGGGACACUCCCGCGUUUGGACAGUCCCCUGUGAUGUUGCUUGAGAAGCACGAACCGUUAUUCUAUAUAAGGGAUCUACAGGACUUGGGUUCAAUAUUGUUGGUGGUGAAGAUGGAGAAGGAAUAUUUGUGUCUUACAUUCUGGCUGGAGGCCCUGCAGAUCUGUCUGGAGAGAUCCGUCGCGGAGACAGGCUUUUGUCUGUCAAUGGUCAAGAUCUCAGCCAGGCUACUCAUGAAGAAGCUGCAGCUGCUCUUAAAGGAGCUGGACAAGAAGUGACGAUCGUUGCUCAAUAUAGGCCUGAGGAGUACCACAGGUUCGAGGCCAGGAUCCAUGAUCUUAAGCAGCAGGCUCUGUCCCAGCAGAUGCCUACUGCCACUUUGCUGAGAACUUCCCAAAAGCGCAGCCUUUAUGUUAGGGCUCUCUUUGAAUAUGAUCCUAACAAAGAUGAUGGUCUUCCCUCGAGGGGUCUGCCUUUCCACUUUGGUGAUAUUCUCCAUGUAACCAAUGCUUCUGAUGAUGAAUGGUGGCAGGCAAGAAGAGUUCUCCCAACAGGAGAAGAAGAAGGUAUCGGUAUCAUCCCGUCGAAGCGCAGAUGGGAGAGGAAACAGAGGGCUAGGGAUAGGUCUGUGAAAUUCCAAGGGCACCUUCCAGUACUAAUCGACAAACAAUCCACAUUAGAGAGGAAAAAGAAGAAUUUCUCAUUCAGUAGAAAAUUCCCGUUUAUGAAGAGUAAGGAUGACAAAUCAGAAGACGGUUCUGACCAAGAACCGUUUAUGCUCUGUUAUGCUCAAGAAGACCCAUCCUCUGAAGGUAUUAGCCUAAGCAGCAUUAGUCUUAUUGAAAUACUCUUCGGUACAGAAGAGACCGUGCUGUCCUACGAGCCUGUAGUACAAGAAACUAUCUCCUACGCCAGGCCAGUCAUUAUCCUGGGGCCGCUCAAAGAUAGGAUCAACGAUGACCUUAUCUCAGAAUUUCCAGAUAGAUUUGGGUCAUGUGUACCACAUACUACUAGGCCAAAGAGGGAAUAUGAAGUUGAUGGCCGUGAUUAUCAUUUCGUGAGUUCUCGUGAGGAGAUGGAAAGAGAUAUACAGAGCCAUUUGUUCAUCGAGGCUGGUCAGUAUAAUGAAAAUCUCUAUGGGACAUCUGUAUCAUCUGUAAGGGAAGUUGCUGAAAAGGGGAAGCACUGUAUUCUGGAUGUAAGUGGAAAUGCUAUCAAGAGGCUUCAAGUUGCUCUGCUAUACCCAAUAGCCGUUUUCAUCAAACCUAAGUCUGUGGAAUCCAUAAUGGAAAUGAGCAAAAGAAUGACAGAAGAACAGGCCAAGAAAACAUUUGAAAGGGCACUUAAGCUUGAACAAGAUUUCAGUGAAUAUUUCACAGCGAUUGUUCAGGGUGACACGCCAGAAGAAAUUUACCAAAAAGUCAACAUGGUUAUCAAGGAUCAGUCUGGUCCAACAAUUUGGGUGUCAUCAAAGGACCCACUUUAAGGAGGCCUCUCUUGUUAGUUGUUUAAAGUAUAAAUGUAUAAAUACUUACAAUUUAUAAAUAUAUAUAAAGUUUAUAUAAAUAUAAAUAUAUAUAAUAAUUUUAUUGAAAAUGAGGAUAGUGGCAUAAGCUCAGGUCCUUAAUUGUGUAUAUGUAAACAUCUUAAUAGCUUUUUCAAAUAUAUAUUAUUUUUCUUAUUAUUUUUGUUUUUCUUUUGAGUGAGAUAUAAUAUUGUAAAAUAUGAUUUUUUAUGUUAACUUAUAAUAUUCUUUAUUUUUUUCGUUUUUCCUGCCUAUGAGUAUAGAUGGUGUAUUGUUAAUUGUUUCCCUUCCCCUCCCACCGUUUAAAUAAUAAUAACACAAGUGUUUUUGUUUUGUGUACUUUUUUUCUUGGAUUGUGAUGAAUAUUUAACAUUUAACCAUCGGUCUCCCUCAUUCUCUCAUUUCCGCCAAAACAAUAAGAUGUUUUAUUAUUAGUAAAGUUUAAUUUUUAAGAAAGAUAAUAAGGAAAACUGCCACUAUGUUAUAAUCUAAUGAUCUUUAACAAUCAUUGUUUUAGCGGUGUCAAUGAGGAAGACCCAAGAAAACUCCUGUUUUGAAUUUAUAAAUGUUAACAGUAGAGGAAAUAUUGUUUCUCUUUAGAUUGUUAAAUCUAACUUUGUUUACAUGCGUCGUCUCAAGCAUGGUGUAAGUAUAAAAUAGGCAUGCCUUGUGAGCUUCGCAUAAGUCGUGAGGAUGAUGAAAGAAAUGAAUUAUUAAUAACUAUACAUUAUAUGUAUGUUAUCUGUGUAAAAUAUAGUUUUUGAUAGAUUUUUUGUAUAGUGUUUGCCAAAAAAUUUAUUCAAAACAAAUUUGUUGAAUCUCGCAAACACUUAAACAUUACAUAAAAUAUUUUAAAAAAUGUAUAAAAAUAAUUUUAAGAAAUAAAAAUUAAUUUAAAAAACUUAAUAUAUAGGUAAUUUUUAUGGUAGAAAAUAAAAUUUUUGAAUGUUUGUUAUUCCAUAAUAAUAUAUCAAUAGGAAUAAAGUUACUGUUCACAGAUUUUCUGUUUUCGAAAUACAAAUUAUGAAUUUUCAACAAUAAUGUUAUAAAUGUGUAAUUAUGUUUUACUUUUUGAAAUAUAUUCAUGUCUAAAUGUCAUUUAAUUAUUCUUAACCCAUUGUUAUUAACUUGCAUUGUAUUGUAUUACUCUUAAAAAAUGCAUUCAUCCUUUUUUUUUUUUCUUAGUGGAAAAAUAUUUAUUGAAAACAGGUGGAUACAUCUGUAUAAUUUUGCUAACUCCUAAAAUAGAAAAUACCAAGUAUUUUAUAAAAAUUGUUUUGUUUUUUUAUAGAAAUUGUUUGGAUUAUCUACUAAAUUUAUCAAUUUCCAAAAUAUUCUUGAGAAAUUAAAAUUUUAGUAGGCUCAAAUGCAUAGUAUGUUUUUCCACAGCUUACAUCUUUCUAAAAAUUUGUUGAACAAGAUUUCAUUUUAUGAACCCUAGUUCAGUUUUUUGAGCUUUAAAUACACUUAUUUUCAUUACACAAAACCGAAGUUAUACUCACUCACCUAAAUAUAUAUAUAAUGAAAGAAGCGGGCAAAGCAGCAGACCAAUGCAUUUGUGAUUUCGGUAUUUAAAAAUUAAGUACAUAGAUAAAUGACUAAUCCACAGUGAUUAAUUACAUUAUCUAGGACCCUGAGGCAUUUAAAAUUGUUUUUUAAAGGUUUGCUUGUUCUAUGACAAUGUUAUUAAUUGUUUGAUCGCCUUAGCAUUUGAAGUAUAUUGUAACAUGCAUGUAAAGAUGUUCCUAUUUGUUUUGUGUAUGCAAAAAUAUAAAUAAAUGGAUUGAAUGUAGUUAAUUCCUUAGAGUAACCAGCACAAUCUGAGACUACAACUUAAUUCCAAAGAAGAAC